AUGGCCGAGGAUACCCCUGUUGCUGUGCCCACCGCCGAGGCUGGUGCGCAGCCUGAGCGCGCCCCGGCCACCGAGACACCCAACGAGAAGUCGCUUGAGACUGCGCCGGAUACCAAGCCUGCUGCGCCUGCCCCCGAGGACAAGAAGGAUACCGAGACUCCCUCCGAGAAACCGGCUGCGGCGGACGGGUCGUCCGACACAAAGGGCGAGGGCAGUACUGCUGCUGCGGACGCGCAGGCCAACGGUACCCCCUCGGCGAAGAAGUCCUCCAAGGACCGUCGCCGCUCCAGCGGUGUGGCGGGCAGCAACUCCAAGCUGAGUCGCAAGAAGUCUCAGAGCAAAAUUACCAACAUCAACGCGAAGCCCGGCGAGUACUACCUGGCGCGUCUGCGCAGCUACGCGCCAUGGCCUGCGAUUGUCUGUGACGAGGCCAUGCUUCCGCAGAGCUUGCUGCAGACUCGUCCCGUCACUGCCAUGCAGCCUGAUGGGACUUACAAGGGCGAUUUUGUCGAUGGCGGCAAGCGAACCCAUGACCGGACGUUCCCUGUAAUGUUUUUUGAGACCAACGAAUUUGCCUGGAUCCCCAACACGCAGCUGACCCCCUUGGACCCGGCCGAAUGUAAGGACGUUUCGGAGAAGGGCAAGGCCAAACCACUCAUUGCCGCUUACAAGAUUGCCGCCGAGGGCCACGAUCUUGAAUACUUCAAGACUCUUCUGGCUGAUCACCAGGCUGCUCUGCAGCAGGAGAUCGACGAGCGCGAGGCCCAGGAAGCUGCCAAGGCUGCGGCCAAGGCGGAGAAAGCCAAGAAGAGCAAGCGGAAGAGCAAGGGUGCCGACACGGAUGUUGACAUGGAAGAUGCAGACAAGAAGAGCUCGAAGAAGCGAAAGAAGGACGCCGAGACGGAUGGCGAGGGCAAGCCCUCCAAGACCCCCAAGACUGGCACUAAGCUGAAGUUGACCUCUCCGAAGGCCCCUGGAGAUGAAAAGAAGGCCUCUGCGAGCAAAUCCAAGAAGGCCUCCGCUCCCAAGAAGGGCAAGGCCGCCAGCGAUGAGGAGCCUGCGCCGGAGCCUGAGAAACCCAUCGACCCAGAGAAAUUGAUGGAGAAGAAGGAGCGGGAAGUUCUCAUCCUUCGCCACAAGCUCCAAAAAGCAUUCAUUUCGCGUGAGACGCCGCCCACGGAAGAAGAGAUGGACACGAUUGCUACUUUCUUCGACAAGCUUGAAAAGUACACCGAUCUGGAGGUUUCGAUCAUCCGGAAAACGAAGAUCAACAAGGUCUUGAAGAUGAUCGUCAGACUUAACUCGAUUCCCCGGGACGAGGAAUUCAAAUUCCGUCGCCGUGCUAUGGACAUUCUGAGCAGCUGGAAGAGCGUGUUGGACAGUGAUAUUCAGUCGGAGUCGGCCGGCAAAGAUUCACUGCUAGCGGCCAACGGUGGCCCCAAGGAUGACGAGAGCGCAAGCACCCCCAAGAUCGAGAGUGAAGAGAAGGAACCCGAGGCUAAGCUGGCCAAGGAGGAUGCUCUGGACACCCCGAUGCCUGACGCUGGUGCCGAUAAAGCACCUGCAGAGGAGAAAGCAGUGCCAACAGAGGGCGAGACCAAGCCUACGGAAGACAAGCCUGUUGAGGAGAAGACCGAAGCUACUGCAUAA